AUGGCUACAUCUCUAAUGCCAUUUACAAAUCUCUUCUGUUUACCGAUGGGACUUUACCUAGAGCCUAUAGUUUUACCAAAAAUCCAUAAGACUAACAUUCCAUUCAGACUCAUCGUCUCAUCUAUUAAUAGCCCUCUCUAUUCCCUUGCAUUAUUUUUGCACAAGGUCAUGAUUAAGAACUUUCCUAUCGCUCCUAGUCACAUAAAUAACAGUUUCGAUCUAGUACAUAAAUUAGCUGAUAUUCACAUUGAUGACGAUUCUGUGUUAAUCUCACUAGAUGUGACUUCCCUGUUCACGAAUAUUCCGGUUGAUCUGGCUCUUUCCAGCGUCUCGAGCAGAUGGAGAUUUAUUCAGAACACAUGUGAAACUUUACGUAAAUAUCCAGUAGCGACACAUCUUAUGCGACAUUCGACAUCAAGUUAUACUUUUGGUGGUAGCACAGUUAAUAUACCAAAAAAUCUAAAAGUAUUCAUUCCGGUUUUUGGAAUUCAUCGAGAUCCGGAUAUUUAUCCGAAGCCAGAUGUUUUUGAUCCAGAAAGAUUCAAUGAUGAAGCAAUACAAACCAGACAUCCGAUGCAUUAUCUACCUUUUGGUGAUGGGCCAAGAAAUUGCAUUGGUGCUCGCUUUGGUAUUCAUCAAACAAAGAUUGGUCUUAUAAAGAUACUACGAAAUUAUAAAGUUGAGAUUUGCGAUAAAACGCAAAUACCCUACAUAAAUAAUUCUAAAUCAUUGCUAUUAGCACCAAAGGAUGGAAUACAUUUGAGGAUAAUUAAAAUUAAUCAGACUUAA